AAAGUUAGCACAUGUGCAUGAAGUUGUCUUUUUUAUUUUGUUGCUUGCUUUUUCUUACUGCCGCGCUUCAAAUGCCAAUGAAGAUGCAAACGUGCAAUCUCAAAUUACCAUAAUGCAAACAACUUUGACCGUUCUUCAAGAAACAGUUGAACGUCAAAACAUCCGCAUCAGUAAGCUUGAGAAAGACAAUAGAAUACAGGAAGAACAUAUCAAUGAACUGUUGAUGGUGAUUCAGAACUGUGACAAAAGUGACAUUAAGGAAAACAAUGACGUAAAUUCUGUGAACGCGUCUACACCUACAUCGAUGAAAGAUAACCAUCAAAAUCGUCAAAUGAGGCGGACAGAAAAGAAUUCUUUGAUAAGACGUCUUCUUACGCCACCCUCAAGUGCACCUCCUCCAUCGCAUGAUCAGAUUGCUUUUUACGCCAGGAUGUCAGUUACGGAAAAAGCCCCAGGAGGACACCAUAUCCUUGUUUUCGAUAAUGUAGUCACAAAUGUUGGGCAUGGAUAUAAUGGGGUUGACGGUAUUUUUACUGCCCCAAAAGAUGGACUGUAUGUUUUUAUUUGGGUUAUAAGAUUAUAUGAAGCUCAACAUUCUUCGCAACUCAUGAUCAACAAUGUUGAGCACGGAUCAACUUACCUACGCUCUAUACAUAAUGAUGAUCAAUCUGUCAGUGGAAACGUUGUCGCGCAGGUCAACAAAGGAGACGUUGUGUUUGUCCGUGUCUAUCCUUAUAAUGGAUAUACUGGUAGCGGAGAUAUUCUCAGCAAUGAACAUGGAAAACCGUCAUUUUCAGGGUGGCUUCUUCAAUAGACUCUGAUUGGUCUUUGAAAAACAUUUUAAAAUUACUAUCAAUUUCAGUUCAGUGUAAAGUUUUGCAUUACCUCACGAUUUUUUUGACAGAUGCAUCCAGCGUAAACAAUUCACGUGAUCGGUCAACUCAUAUUAUCAACAUUGACACAAAAAUAGUCUGUUGUACGAGCAACCAAUCAGCGAUUAGAAAAAAGUUC